UCUGCCAAAAGAAGAAGAACAGCCGUGAGUGGCGGUAGUCGGCCAUAUUGUCCCUGAGACAGCAAAAAUCAUACGCAAGUACACCGGCGAGAGGAAAGGAAGGGACCCUGCCUUCACUCCGCUCCUAAAAGAGGAGUUGGGUCACAGAUUUUAUCAAAGAGCUGUCCUCCCUUGGUGCCCAACAGCCAAAGCCCCCCUUACCCUCUGCCCUGUCAGGAAGAGGCCCCUGACCUGUUCCCCCACCUUCCCUCUUCUCCCGCCUACUCUCUUCCCUCCUCAUCCUUCUCUGCAGUAAGUGCACCCCCUCUCCUCUGCCAAGCUGUCGGACAUGUCAGGACCCGUGCCGAGUCGGGCCCGCGUGUACACCGAUGUCAACACACAACGGCCCAGAGAGUACUGGGACUAUGAGUCCCAUGUGGUGGAAUGGGGAAAUCAAGAUGACUUCCAGUUGGUGCGGAAGCUGGGACGUGGGAAGUACAGUGAAGUGUUUGAAGCAAUCAACAUCACCAACAAUGAGAAGGUUGUGGUGAAAAUACUCAAGCCCGUCAAGAAGAAGAAAAUCAAGCGUGAAAUUAAGAUCCUGGAGAACCUCCGCGGAGGCCCCAACGUCAUCUCCCUUGUAGACAUCGUCAAAGACCCAGUGUCUCGGACACCAGCCUUGGUCUUUGAACAUGUCAACAACACAGACUUCAAGCAAUUGUACCAGACCCUAACGGACUAUGACAUCCGGUUCUACAUGUUCGAGAUCCUCAAGGCCCUGGACUACUCCCACAGCAUGGGAAUCAUGCACAGGGACGUGAAACCCCACAACGUGAUGAUUGAUCACGAACACCGCAAGCUGCGCCUUAUUGACUGGGGUCUGGCUGAGUUCUACCACCCGGGACAGGAGUAUAAUGUCCGAGUGGCUUCUCGCUACUUCAAAGGACCUGAGCUUCUGGUCGAUUAUCAGAUGUAUGACUACAGUCUGGACAUGUGGAGCUUGGGCUGCAUGUUGGCCAGCAUGGUCUUCAGGAAGGAGCCUUUCUUCCACGGCCACGACAACUACGACCAGUUGGUGAGAAUAGCCAAGGUGUUGGGAACGGAAGACCUGUACGACUACAUUGACAAGUACAACAUAGAGUUGGAGCCUCGGUUCAAUGACAUUCUGGGAAGACACUCUCGUAAGCGGUGGGAGCGCUUCGUCCACAGUGAGAACCAGCAACUGAUCAGUCCUGAGGGUCUGGACUUUCUGGAUAAGCUGCUGCGCUAUGACCAUCAGGCCCGGUUGACUGCCCGCGAGGCCAUGGAUCACCCCUACUUCUAUCCCAUUGUGAAAGAGCAGGGUCGCAUGCCAGGGUCGGCUAACCAACCCUGCGGAAAUACAGCCGUGAGCACAGCCAACAUGAUCACAGGCAUCUCUGCCUUGCCAGUUGCUACUGCCCUGGUCACCCUCACCGGCUCGCCCGUUCUCUCUGCUGCCACCAACGCCCUGAGCAUCCCCGUGCCCGCCGCUGCUGGUCCCCCCCAGUGAUUGCAACCAACAGGGGCCACUCACUCUGCCCGCGCCACCACCUCUACUCACUCACACAGUCCAACUGCCCUGAGAUCCAGGAAUGCCAACCUCUGAAGGCAGUCUCAUCUGAGCAAUGUUAGUUUGUAUCUCCUUUAAUGAACUUGAGGUAAACAGACAUAUGAAAUGAAUGUUCUGUGUAAUUGACACGUACAGGUAUUCCUUUCAUCUUGAAGUGACGAUGUGGCUGUGUGUGUGUGGCUGUGUCUUAUGUUCACAAGCCAAGAAUAAGUUACGAAUCCACUGGUGACGGGGAUCCCUCCCCUUGCAACACGUUUUGUUUGUACAUCACUGACAAUGGUCACGCAAAGUAGUUAGCGGAAGGCAACAGGAAAGGACGCUAACAUUCAUACCAAAAGGAGCAGAAUCUGUAGUUUACUAAUGCAAUGUUGUCAAACAAGACCUGGCUAGAACACCUUAAGCAAUCCCCUGUGUUUAGGUCAAUCCAGAACUCCAUACCACCAUUAUAAAGACUUCGCCACGGCAUUUGAAAGUGUUUGGUGCUGUUCUGUGCUCCAGUCGUGUGUUGAAACACUGAAGCCGCCUCACUCCACCUAUACUAAUGACACUUUAGUCUGAAUAGUAUGUCUUGCCUUUCUACCGAACUGGAUACCUAGUCUUUUUGAUGUAAGGGUUCCCUGACAGUUUUCCUUUUUUGUACUGCAAUGCUAUGGUGCUGGAUGGGUUUAAUUUACUGUGGAAACGGUUUGAUGGCAGUAUUGUCAUCCAAACCAUUCGAAAUCCAGACAAAGCCAUCCGUUCGGUUAAUUUGAAACGUUUCUCUCUAACUUGCUGCUUUACAGUUCCUUGAAUUAAUUCAAGUUGUAAAAAACCAAAGUUUACUCAAUCGUUUGGAAAAAGAGACUGACCAAACCUUUGUUUUGUUGGCGAGUUACACUGAGUUAUGUGGAGAUAAUAUGGGGGAGAAAGUAUUUGUUCGAUCACAACAGAAUACGAAAGCACCGGAGUCCUGGUUAAGUUGGCUUGAAAUGGAUUUAUCUCUGCUGUUCCAACCUGAGGAAAGUUUUCUUUUUAUUUAGUUUGUUUCAAGGCUAAGUUUCGUGAUCGAUCAUCUGUUUGGCUAGACACUGAAGGAUGUAUUGAACUUGAACAGUUGAAUUUUUCCUGUGUUUGUGCCAGAAAUGGGAAUCUUGUUUGAGUGUUGCUGUACAUAUGCAUUCUUUUUUCAUUUGAAAUCUCUCAACAUAUGAAAUACAUGCAUACAUCGACAUAAUGAAGUUGUAUGAGUCCUUACAUCACUGUAUAUAUUUUAUACAUACAUCGACAUAAUGAAGUUGUAUGAGUCCUUACAUCACUGUAUAUAUUUUUGUCUGUAUGUAGACUAGUAUUUGAAAAUAUUUGUGUAAAUAAACACAUUUUAUCAAGUA